GUGGGACUCAAGAUUCUGAACUGUACGGAAGGGUGAGACGAGGAACGUUCUCUUUUUAAGCCAGGCGCUCGAAUGACUUACAUCCCUUCAAGCAUCUCGCGCUUCCCAGUCCCGCCUCUUGCCAUUCACACAAACCCCACGAUGUCGGACGCGAUCAAAGCUCGGCUGAAAGUGCUCGGUCGAGCAGCACCGAUCUCCUUCGUCUCCAACACCAACAAACGAAUCCUGCCCCGCAUUCAUCCUCUCGACCCACGAGAGGAGCGUAUCCCACGUUCUCUGAUCCUCCAAUCUUCCCGACUAGCGCGCUCCAUCAAUCCCCACACACCGCUCCUUCCCGCAGCUCUGCAUCGGUACGUCGAAUCAGAGAAGGGAACGGGGUUCGAGGAUGGGAUGGAAGCGCUGUUCAGAAGUAGAAGAAGAGCCUUGAAAGAGACGCUCUUCCCUAAAGCACCAACGCCUAAAGAGGUCGAGCGCGCAAAUGCCAAACGCUCAGGAAGAAGCGGCGACAUUGCUGAAAAGGGCGAAAGAAUAGGUGUCAAGGAGUUUCUUAGCACCAUCGCUAGACCUCCGGCAAGGGAGGAUUUGAGCGGGAACAGCAAAGUGGUGGAUGCGUUGAGGGAAAGACCUGUUGGCGUCAAAAAGGAAGACUUGCAAGCGCUCGAAGAAGGUCAAGAUGCUCCGCUCGUAGCUUCCGCCUCUACAAAGCUGCUCAAGGAUGCGGGUGUGGCCACGCGCAUGAGAAAAUACAUCCAUUGGUGCUUGCAGCGCGCGGACUCCAAAUCCGCACUUGCUGAAUCCAUCAUCGAGCCGAAGAAGCCGAAAAUGUACAGAGGGUGGGGUCCUCGGGUGCAAAAUGGAAAGAGAGUGAGGGGGGAGAAGCGACCUGGAGAGAAGUGAUGCUUGGGCGUGUGUGUGCGGUGUGAGGGCUAGGAGUAGUCUGGUUGAACGGCGGGGCGUACCCUAGAGAUCGGCGAGCUUCGCAGAAACUCCUUGCGAGGUCACGCAGCUGGUUCGACAGAUCGCUGGAGUUCCGAAGCGACUUGAUUACAGCAGACGUGUCUCACCCCGGAGUAAUGAAGCCACGCAUGUAUUUCACUUUCUGUCCCUUCAAUCCUCCACUCCUACGCUGCUUCGAAAGUAAUCCAACACCCUCUUCUGCUCUUGACCGCCCACCCCUUCCAUCUGUUCAGCUGUCAAACCAUCCUCGUUGAUCCUCGAUCUG